CUCGUACAAACCCAAAAAACACCCAUGGUCUGUCCUUUGUCCCCACAAGGCCGCAACCUCACAUGACUUUGUUUCUCCAUCCUUUUCAAACUCUAUUACCUAACCAUAUAAAUAUAUGUAUAUAUAUAUAUCCCCCUUCCAUUCCAUCCUUCAUCACUUCUCUCUUAACUCUCCUCUCAAAUCUAAACCCCAAAAGUUUUUUACACCAGAAAUUCAAAGAAGAUGGCUAUCAGGAAAUCAAACAAGUUGCCUCAGACAGCAGCCAUCAAGCAAAUCCUAAAGAGGUGCUCCAGCUUAGGAAAGAAACAAAGCUACGAAGAUGAGCAGGGACUCCCUUUGGAUGUCCCGAAAGGCCAUUUCGUUGUAUAUGUGGGUGAAAACAGAAGCAGAUACAUUAUCCCCAUCUCUUUCUUGAACCGACCCGAGUUUCAGAGCUUGCUUCAUCAAGCUGAAGAAGAAUUUGGGUUUGAUCACGAGAGGGGACUCACCAUUCCUUGUGAAGAAGAUGUUUUCCAGUCUCUGACAUCCAUGCUCAGAUGAUAAAAGGACAAAUUAUAUGAAACAGUUUUUGGAGAAUACGAUUAAGAUGAAGCUGCUUCAUUUCUUCUCUCAUCAGAAUUUCUCCUUCGUAUCUUCUUUUUCCUUUUUUACCAAGUUGUUUAAACUCUAACACGAAAACCCAUAAAUGUUAUUUAAUUUAUGUGUGUUUUUAGACUUGUAUAUCAACUGCCAAUGUA